UGGGAGAGGUUUAGUUUUCAUGAGCACCAUUACAUAAAAUGCAUAAAUAUAUGUUUUUUUCAGGUUCGCCAAACUCAAGAACACUUCUGAAAAAGUUUUGCAAUGAUGAAAAUCCGAUAUUCCAAACUGAAACGAAAUCAUUCCAUGUGAUGUUCUACUCCGCGCACCCUAUAGUGGAUGUAUCAUUCGUAGCAAAGUACGAACUUCUCUCACCGACUCUUGAGUUAUAUAAUGAUUCAUAUAUGGUGGCUGAUGAUGAGAAACAGUAUUUUACAUCACCAGAUUUUUUCAACCAAACUGACAUUCCAAUGAAUAUUCAAUGGAUUGUUAUGGCAAAGGAAAUGAAUGACGUUAUCGUUCUUGAGCUUGCUUACUCUGGAAUGCCCCAGUCUUACAAUUGCAGAGAAGCAGCCCUUCGGGUCUAUGAUAAUGUAUCAGAUAUUGAAACAGAUAAUAUGAUUGGUCAAUUUUGUGGACCGAAAACUGUUAGUAUAGUUUCUUCUACUAACAGAAUGCUGAUUUGGUACUCGGCGAACUGGUCAGCUCACAGUCGGGGUUUUAUGGCGGUGUAUUACUCAAAGCAAAAAGAUCCUAUUUGA